AUGCUUGAAGAUAUGGAGGACGACGGGCUGCUGGCUUUUCCCACAACAGAUCACGACUGUUCCUAUGCGUGGGCCGAGGACGACGACUUAGAGGAUGUGUACUCGGAUUUUGGAGCCAUAUUUGGCGGAGCAGCAAAUAAUGGAGAGAUUGAGGAUGAUGGUCACUCGUACGAGGAAUAUCUCGACGAGCUCGACGGCAUAUCGUGGGUUGGGGAAAGAUGGCAGCCAGAAGACUUGCCGAGUUACCAAGUAAUCCGUGGGUGGGCGGUCGGCACAGCAUUUACCAACUGA